CUCACACUUCUCUUCGAUUCUGCAUCUGAAUGGAGAUUCCUUGGGUAGAAUCGCACAACAUGGUGGUCUCAUGCCAGGAAAUAUACUGGUGGUUGUCGAGCUUGUUUCAUACAUCCACGAGGAGGAUUGGGCCAAGUUCUAUUCAACAGUAGCAACAAGCAUGGACAACGGAAGCAAGGUGAUCAUCAUCAGCUGCCUUAAAAAUUCAAAGCGACUCGGAACAGUUGAGCCAAUCUUCCUCAACACCCUGCCAUACGAGGAGUUCAGCUACCUAUUCAAGACACUAGCAUUCGGGAGCGCAAACCCGGCACAACACCCACGGUUAGCGCGGAUAGCAGACGAGCUGGCCAGGGAAUUCCAAUCAGAAUGGUCAAUCGCCACUGCAAAUCUGUUUGCGGACAUCAUGAGGAGGAACCUCAACGUCCAUUUCUGGCUCUGCAUCCUGAGCGGGCUGAGAAGGGUAGUCGAGAGGAACUUAUCCCUGUUUGGGGAGCACCCGAAGCUCCUCACCCGGAGACACCACCAGAUAGGCGUUACUGACUUGGUCUUGCAUCCCAUGGAUUCUCCACUCUGGGUCGUGUAUUCCUGUACCAGUGGCAGCAGCCGCACUGAAGUUACGGUGGAAAGGGAAUUGCUACCGAGGGUGUGGUUUGCGGAUCUGGUGAUGGAUCCUGGAGUUAGACCACAGGGGGAUUUCAAUGUGGUUGUGUGGGAAUCAAGGUUGCCGCCUUACACCUCGUUUGUUCAUUUCGCUACAAGUGGAAAUGGUGCUCCAGGUGUGGCGCAACAGAGUACUCCCCUGUCUGGGAGGAAGCGUGCAGAAGUGCCUUUGUAAGGCCUUUUGAUUCGGACGAUUUUUAUGGGGAUUUUGUAGAGUUGGAAUCUCAAGUAUCGGCUCAGUUUAUAAAGAGAUAAUUCAAAUAUUGACAUGGUCUUGAAUACAUGUUUUUAAUCAUGGAAUGUUAUUUCUUUUAAGUUGUAAUGACUCCAUUUUCACUCGACCAAUCUAAAUAAUUUUGGAUAUAUUUGUAGUCAAAGUUAAUAUUGAA